UGUCACCACGAAAACGAAUGAAAUGUAAUCCCUCAUAAACCUUGUUUUUAGCUUUAUUUGCUAAUGUCUGAUCUCCAAAAUGCCUCUGAUGACGCAUUGGAUUGGUGGCAAGAGUUUGAAAACAGGAAGCAAGAUAUCCGGGGUCGUAAUACUGGUUUCCCUGAUGGUUGAGUUGGUUUUCUCAAUCUACUCUAUUGUUCGGCUUCACAGCCUCAAGGUCACAUUUCCAGCCAACGCGCAGAUGACUUUUUUCCCACCCGGACUCUUACCCCUGGCUUAUAUCAAGCUUUCCCUGACACUGAUAGGCAUCAUUAUAUCAGGCCUGUUCACAUCAUGGGUCAGUAAGGGCUAUGUGAUGAUUCACUUUAUAAGGGCCUGGUGUGCUGUGUUAGCAGUCAUCCGCGGAAUUGAACUCAUCUUUGGUAUCUAUAUCCUGGCAUGGAUCGGAGGAGAUGAUCUCGGGGUCAUUGUCGUUAUUGCACCAGAGAUCGUCGUCUUUGCAGCAUUCUGGAUUGCUCUUUCUCUUGUCUUGAUUUUGAGCAUUUUGGGGGUGGUCUCCUACUGUGAAGAGCUGAUACUAGACUUUCAGCGAGCGGCUAAGGACUCUGCUGCUAAACCUUUACAAGGUGGCGUGGAGAAAAUAGUGCAAGCAAGGGUUAUAGCGUCAUCAAAACCACCGACGAAAAGUCAAUCGGAAGCUGAAAAACCGAAAAAACCCAGGAGGUAUCUCAAGAAAGGAGAAUCAAGGGAAUUGGAUUAUGAAUCCGGCGUCUGAAUCAAAAGAUCGUGAUUUUUUUUGACUUACCUUUAUCCCCUUUUUUCCUGAUUGGACUCUCCUGAUACUUUAACAGUAUGUGGCAGAGUCUACACAGCAGGGGGUGAAAAGGUAAUAAGAUCUGUAGGAAAUGAGAUUUUAAAAGGUGCGACAGCCAGGUGGCAGAAAUGUACACUGCACCAUGGUUGUUCUAUUAUUGUAGUUUUGUGACUUCUCCCCUCUGAGUUGUUGAUGUUUACAAAUAUCUUCCUAGGUAUACUUGAAUUGUUCCAUCCUUUAUCUAAGUAACCAUAUAUUGUUGUGUUUGUUUCUCUACUUGUACAGUUAAUUGUACGAGUAAUUGUUAUCCUAAGUGGGACAUUUGUUUGAUCAAAAGUGAUUUGUCAUAGUCGUAGAUUGAUUAUGAUACCAGUAGAUUAUUGCCCUUAGUGGUAAUUUGCCUCUAUCAACAUGGGUGCCUCUGUGGUGGAAUGAUGGAACUUUGCUGACUUAUGAGGUGAGGCAUUGUUGAUGGCUGACGUGAUGUCAGGAAAAUCAAAGGUGACCCCACAAGUCAGUCAUUGUAACCAAAGUGUUUUGGAAUUAGAAUAGAAUUAUGAUUGUUAUUUUUGUGAAGUAGGAUCUUGCACUUUUGGUAAACAUCGUAUUUUUACAUGUUAGUGUUAGACUAGGCUUCCAUUCCAUUUUACACUCAUGAGAUUUCUAUGACGUGAACCUUUAAGCAUAUCUCUCUUAACAUAUCUGUCUGAACAUAUCUGCCUUAAAAGUUAACAGACGAUAAUGAACUGACAACAAGGCUCCAAUAUAAUACUCCUAAGGAUAGUGAAGGAGCGAAGGUGCUAUGUUCCGAUUGAACUUAUUUUGGUGUGUGAUCAUUGAGCUGGGAUUGGAGGAGGGAGUUUGAAUUGACAGGGUGUUUUCCUGUGGCAGGGAGUCACUGCUUAGUGGGAGUGCUACGACUCAUCCUGUUAGCCCAGUGAAUGAUACCAUCAUGCAUUUACUGAUGCACUAUGAGAACCUUUACCUGUGGUGCUCAAGAAGGGAAUAGAUAAGGGGUCUGUGUUCAGUCACCUUUUUUUGGCAACUGGCGAGUGGCAUCUUUAAAAUAGUUGAGAUUGUAGUUAGGAUUCCGUAGUAUUUAUGGAAAGUCCAUUUUACAUGAAGCAAUAUCGAUGUCAGAGGAUGAAUUUGUACGGAGCAUUUGACUGCCAUAUUUUUUAUAAUGGAUGAUAUCUGGUUGUAUAUUACUAGUUUUAAUGCAUAUGCAAAUAUUUUUUAAUACUGUGCACUUAUUCUAAGGGAAAGAUGAUAUGUAGGCCUAUCAUAGUUUAAAGCUUAUAAGGCAUUUUGGACAGGUGGCUUUGUCUAGAAUUCGUUGCAUUCCACUUCAGAUCCGAUAAAACUAUGACUUUUUCUCAUUCCAUCUCAGAAUAAAUUUCUGUCUAUUUUUAUGGGCAACCAAUGGAAGUACAUGUACAUGUGAUCUCAUUGUAUGCAGCAUUUUAAAACGUAUUUCUAUCUUUCUACAUGUUAUGCUUGGAAUAUAAUCUGAUGUUUAUGUGAAUACAGUUGAACGUGGAGUGGCCGAAAUUUGCCAACUUUAGGGUCAGUCUGUGUUGAUUACGACAUCAUGACUGACACGAUGUCAUAAACGUUAAAGGCUGACCCCACAAGUCGGUUGUUGUGAUUCCCCAGAACAGAGCCCCACCACCAGGGGUUUUGGAAAGAGGUCACUAGAAGUGUUAACACUGUGGGUUCAACUGCGUUCAGAUGUUGAGGUGUGUUUACAUGGUGCAGCUUUAUCACUUUACUUUGUAAUCUAAGUCUUGCCAAAUAAAUUCAAUGUGCAGCAAA